AGUAUUGGCAUAGGACUGUCUGCCAUUGCCUUGCUGAUCUCUCUUUUCUUUAUUAUUCGGUCCUUCAGGUGUCGAGCCUUUGCUAAAGCACUCGAAUCACUUAGCUAUAUAAGUCUUUCCAUUUCACCUCAAUUUUAAUUGAAUGGGCAUAGACACAUCUCCACCCGAGGUCGAGGAAUCGACAGAGCCUCCUAUAUGUGCUUACUCAGAGGAACAAAAUUUACAACAAACUAGAUCUCUUGGAGAUGUAAAGGCCAGCAGGGACAUCGAGAAGACCCAGUACUCUGCAAACCCGACGACUUUACAGCACGAGACUCGACAGACUCCGUCAAAUCAUGAUCCUAAGUCAGACCUACCAGGUCCCUCGCACUAUGCUCACACUAUCGACCCUCCUGGUCUCUCGCAGCUUUUCAAUGUCCAUCUUCAAAUUGGGCUCUCAAGUUCAGAGGCCGCGGCCCGUCUUGAGCGAGAUGGACCAAAUAGAGUCAGAGAGAUGGAAGGACUAUCCGUAUGGAAAAUCCUGCUGAGGUUCUCUUGAUCACCAUGGCAGUGUCUUAUGGGAUCCAUGAUUAUAUUGAAGCGGGGGUGAUCACUGCAGUGAUCCUCCUCAACAUGAUCGUAGGGACUACCGCGCGGAGAAAACUAUUCUAUCCCUUCAC